ACGGACGCGCUCCUCCCGUCUCUCUCUUGUAGUCCUUCGUUUCUGAAUAAUCACGUCAAGUGCGCCGCUUGUUUGUCUUUUCUUUCUUCUCCUCGUUUCUCUGAAUAACAUCAACCGGAAUCGGCUCGUCGACCUCAUCCAUGAUUAACACCGUUAGCCGUGAAGCCAAAGUCGCCGAUUGGAGAAGAAAAAGAUGUGGAGUUCGUACUCUGUGACCGAUCGACCGCCAGUGACCGGAACUGCCAACGGCAACAGUUCAGACAGCGUUGCUGGAAGAGGAGGAGGAGGAGAGGAGAGCGGCGGCGACCAUGUCAUCAAUGGCGGGACUGACAGCGCUGACCCAUUACUCGGAUUGGUGGCCCUCCAGUUGACCGUUUUGGUCUUCAUAUCGGCACUGGGAACAUUCGCCAACGCUCUCGUCUUCGCCGUUUUCUAUCGUCGCCCAUCUCUCCGCACAAUUUCCAACCGGUUCGUCUUGAGUCUAAUCAUGGCCAAUUUGACGUCGGCAGCCGUGAGCAUCCCCGGUCAUGUCUAUCAACUUUUGAUCAAGCCCGUCCAUCAGCAUCAUCAGGAGCAACAAGAGCGAUUUCAAGGGCACCGCCAACUUGAUCACCAUCAUCACGACCAAGCGACGGCGGCGGAGGAGGACAAUGGCGUCGGCGGCGGUUUAAGUGCUGCUGCUGACGGCAGUAGCGUCGACGGCGUCGGUGGCGUCGGCGGCGGCAUUGGAGAUGAUGUCAGUUAUCUGAUGGGACGGCUGCUGCUGGUCGAUGACUCCACUUCUUCGUGGUUUAGUUCCUGGCAUUGGCACAAACAAGGGCUCGACGGAUUAACGGUUCUCGUCUCAUUGGCCUCCGUCCUUUCGAUCCUGCUCAUCUCGCUCGAUCGAUACUACGCUGUCAACAGUCCGCUUCACUACAGCAUCAUCGUCACCCGGCAGAAGAGUAUCGCCAUGAUCGCUUUAGUGUGGCUGGUGGCCGCCAUUCUUUCGGCGCCCGUCUGGGCCGGAAGCGUCCUCCUGCAACACUACGCCCCCGUGAUGCGGACAACGCCUCAGGUCGUCACCUCGUCCGUGGGCAACAGGGAUGGCGGUGGCGGCACCUUCGUGACUAACGAGUCGCUUCCAACCGGCCUGCUGGACGGCGAGCUGCAUGGCAACGGCAACGUGAGCGGCCGUGACCAGCAGAUGCAGCAGCAAUACCUGAUGAAUUUGUGCUACAGCAUUUCGCUCAUCUUGUUCGGCUUCGUCUGGCCGCUGGCCGCCCUCUGUUGGCUCUACUUGCGCAUGUACGAGGCGGCCCUCAAGAACUCGGCCCGCACCCGACGCCAGUCGCUCUGCUCCAACACCAACAACAACGCCAACGCCGCAGAGGGAAUCGUCGGCGUCGCGGCGGCCGCCGCCGCCUCCACCGUGGCCGCAACGGCUUCGUCCAACGCCGAGCCUUCCGUCAGCUCCUACGGAGCGACGGGCGCCGCCGCCACCGCUCAUCCGCCGACGCUGGCCGACGCCAUCACGUCGGUGACGACGACGGCGUCGGCUUUCGCCUCGGAGAACCAGGCAUCGGCGCGCCUGUUGGCCGCCGCCACGGCCGCCGCCUCGGCCUCCACUCCGCAGCGGCUUCGUAGCAACAGAUAUUGGCUGCGGUUAAGCGGGAUGCAGCAGCAACUGUUGACGCUGUUCUGGCGCGAGCAAGGGCGGCCUUUGAGGACGACGGCCAUGGUCAUCUCAUCGUUCACCUGCUGUUGGCUGCCUUUCUUCGUCUGGCUGCUGCCCUUUCAAAUUCAUCCGUCGCUGAUGACGACGACGGCCGGCACUCUGGACCGUGCGGAAGCCACUCGCUCGGCGACAGCCGCUUCCGCCGGAGUCUUUUUGGCUCGACUGGCCGCCUUCUCCAACGUCCUCAUCAGUCCGGCCAUUUACGUCUAUCGCAAUCAAGUGGCCCAGAGGGAAGCCGGACGCGUUCUGCUGCUUCUGUUCUGUCCGUUGCGACACCAGCGGAGACAAUCGACCCGGUACAACAGUCACGACAUCGCCACACCUCUGGUGAUGGGCGGGCUGGGCGUCAGCGGGAUGACGUCGUCUCAGCUGCACCACCCGCAGUCGGGUGAGGCGAGAUUGAGGCGCAAUUCCAACGCCGUCAAUUUCUCGAGAAGAUCCAGCAGCCUGGUGACCAACAACAGCACGGACUCACCGACCCGCAAAGGAUCGGACGAGCCCAUGACGGUGAUGGCGCUGGCCCAGGCGACGGUGGUCAAUUGGCGAGGGCGCAGCGGCUCCACCGACUGCCGAUUGUUAACCAAGAACAACGGGACAAUCAUCACGGCUCAAUUAGCCAGCCAAACGGGCGGCGUUGCCCAGCAGCAGCCACAACAUCCUGUUGUUCUCCCGGCGGCUGUACCCUCGCCAUUGUUGGGCAAACCUCGUCGGCAGCAGAGUCAUAAUCAUAAGCCCCGGGCUUCCAUUCCGGGAGCUUGUUGCACUUACUCACUGGACCGACGGCCAUCGUCUUCGACGUCGUCGUCGUCACACGUCGACCUCCACCAGAUCGAAAUGCGCCAGCGCUCGCAGACCAUCUCCGAGACCCGUUUGACGUCCACCAAUCGGCUCCUGGAAAAUCCUGGGCGGCUUUCGCCUUCGCGCGCUGUCACGGGAGCCAAUCCGCCGCCGCCGUGGAGUGGAGAGGCCAGCACUUGUGUGUCUUCUUCCAACAUUAUCCAAAUGCAUCAGCCCAGCUCUUCGACGACGACGUCAAGUAGCGGUGAUCGAGGCCGUUCCAAGAAGCGAACGACGUCGACGACGGCCGCCGCAGCCGCCGCCGCCGCAGCUGCCGUGGCCGCGGCGGAAUUAAAGGCUCUCAACCAUCCGCUGGCUUAUUAUCCGUCGCUGGAUUUCUUCGACAUCGGAUUGGAAGAUUACGGACGCCGGUCGGCCACUUCGUCUUUUUCCCGCUUCAUCCAGCAGCAGCCGGCGCCUCUGGUCACUCCGGCGACGCCAUCCGCCCCACAGUCGACGCCGGCGACCACUCCGCUCAUUCCUCCGACUCUGUCGCAUCAGCCGUCCGGCGGCAACAACAGCGGCCGGCGGAGGCGAACGUGUUCCUUCUCCAAGGUCAUGUCGCGAAGUACUAAACAGCAGACAGCAACCGGCGGAUCGGCGGCCAACAGUCGAUGGCCAGCUGUUUUCGGCGGCAAGCAGCAGCAGCAGCAGCAGCAAGAAAUCCUUGGCAAGAGUAGCGCUUCGUCCAUGCCCAGCGUCCAGCAAAUUCCCUCGUUAGUUACGGCCGUCUGACAGAAGAAGACAAAAUAAAAGCGCGCAAACACACACACACACAGACUUAUAGACACACACAUGAAACAAAUAAAAUCCUUCUUCUUUACCCCAGGCUUUAAAUUGAUCUAUCCGGCUUCGAAUGGAAGAAGGAUCGCAUGUAGGAAGCACUCGCCGAUUGUUAAUAGUGAGCUCUUUCUCUCUAUCUUUCUCUGUCCGGCCUUUACAAUAUGUCCUUGGGAAGCCGGACGUGUAUUAUACUUACAUACAACUCGGGCAACUCGUCUAAUGGAUCGUCCGGUGCGCACGGACGUCGUCGUGGCCAGAAUAAAUACACACAGACACACACACACACACUGCGCAUUCAGUGUACAUGUCAGGAUCUCUCUAUGAUGCAUCAUCUCUAGCUCCUAUAUCUUUUCUUUCUUUUGAAAAUGUGUUGUUGUUGGUUUCAUAUCUAUUUAUAAAACCUUAUCCGUUCCUGACAAAAACAUUCCCAAGCAUCGCCGAUUUCCAGCCGAGAAGUAAAAAAGAGACAAAUCGGAUCUCUCUCUCUCUCUCUAUUUUGUUCCGUGAUAUUUUUAUGAAUAUCUUAUUCUCAUCUCUUGUGUGUAUUUCUUCUGCCUCUUCUGCCUACAUGGUUUGUUCAUUCCUCGGCCAUCAGAUUAUAUCAAGAUUUUGUAUAUCAAUGUUGUUGCCAUGUAACUACUAUACAUCAUGAAUGAACUGAAAAUGUUUUGAUGUGGUCGACGUGCCCCCCCCAUCCCUCCUGCUCGUUUCUCUUUCAUGUUUUGUAAAGUGUUCAUAUAAUAUAUUU